AUGCAUUGCUGCUUUUCUGGAGACAGUGAUCACUUUUUGGCAAUUCAUCAGCGAAAGAGCGGAAAACCUGUGUUUAUUUAUCACCAUGUGGAGAGCGUGGAGAAAAGUCUGGAUACAGACAACUAUAAGGAUUCUAAACAAAAUUUCCAUUCUUCUUCCCACACCAAAAUAAGCAAGUUGCACCCUGCAAUAAUUGUUAAAUCAGCCUUCCCCAGGUCUGUUUAUGACCCAUCCCUCAAUCUCUUAGCAAUGACUGGUCAAGAUUUGGAAGUGGAGAAUCUUCCCAUUCCUACAACGAAUGUGAUUAUUGUGACACUGCAAAUGGAUGUAAACAAGCUGAAUAUCACAUUGCUUCGGAUAUUUCGCCAAGGAGUGGCAGCAGCACUGGGACUGUUACCUCAGCAAGUUCAUAUCAACAGACUCAUUGGGAAGAAGAACUGUGUGGAACUGUUUGUGUCCCCACUGAACAGGAAGCCAGGAAUUUCUGAGGCGCUCCCAUCUGAAGAAGUGCUGCGUUCUCUUAAUAUCAACAUUUUGCAUCAGAGUUUAUCCCAGUUUGGAAUAACAGAAGUCUCCCCGGAGAAAAAUGUUUUGCAAGGCCAGCAUGAAGCCGACAAAAUCUGGAGCAAAGAAGGAUUUUAUGCAGUUGUCAUAUUUCUCAGCAUCUUUGUCAUUCUAGUGACUUGUUUAAUGGUUCUGUACAGAUUAAAGGAGAAGAUCCAGUUGUCACUAAGGCAAGAGAAGGAAAAGAAGCAGGAGAUCCACCUCUCACCCCUUCCCCUGCAGACAUCUCAGACUGAGUAUAAGACCACCAACAGCAUGGUCCAGCCUCAACAGGCUCCAAAGGUUAUCAAUGUUGUAGUGGACCCUCAAGGCCAAUGUGUUCCUGAGCUCAAACCUCCCCUGUGUGCCAGUCCAUCUCCUUUCAGAAUGAAACCUGUGGGACUCCAGGAAAGACGAGGAUCCAAUGUCUCACUGACUCUGGAUAUGAGCAGCUUGGGAAGUGUUGAACCUCUGGUCACUGUGCCGACCCCUCGAGAAAAAGUAGCGAUGGAAUACCUGCAGUCAGCCGGCCGCGUCCUGACGCGGCAGCAGCUCCGCGACGCGGUGGCGUGUUCUCAUGUACUCCAGACAGAAUUCAUGGAAAUACCGAUGAAUUUUGUGGAUCCCAAAGAAAUUGACAUCCCAAGUCAUGGAACUAAAAACCGCUAUAAAACAAUUUUGCCAAAUCCUCUAAGCAGAGUGUAUUUGAAACCAAAAAAUCCAUCUGACUCCUUGAGUACCUACAUAAAUGCUAACUACAUUAGGGGAUAUGGAGGUAAAGAGAAGGCUUUCAUUGCAACUCAGGGACCCAUGAUUAAUACCGUGAAUGAUUUCUGGCAGAUGGUUUGGCAAGAAGACAGCCCUGUCAUUGUUAUGAUCACAAAGCUGAAAGAAAAAAAUGAGAAAUGUGUGCUUUAUUGGCCAGAAAAAAGAGGAAUCUAUGGGAAGGUUGAAGUCCUUGUUAACAGUGUGCAAGAAUGCAAAAACUACACUGUCCGUCAGCUUACAAUAAAGCAAGGGAGUCAGUCCCGCAGCGUGAAGCACUACUGGUACACAUCCUGGCCGGACCACAAAACCCCCGACAGCGCCCAGCCUCUGCUGCAGCUCAUGCUGGAUGUGGAACAGGACAGGGUGGAGUCACCAGGCAGAGGCCCUGUCGUUGUGCACUGCAGUGCUGGUAUAGGAAGAACUGGAUGUUUCAUUGCCACAGCCAUUGGUUGUCAGCAGUUAAAGGAAGAGGGAGUUGUAGAUGCACUGAGCAUUGUCUGCCAGCUACGAGUGGAUCGGGGUGGAAUGGUUCAGACCAGCGAGCAGUAUGAAUUUGUGCACCAUGCACUGAGUCUGUAUGAAAGCAGACUUUCUGCAGAAGCUGUCGAGUGAAGGAGGAGGGUAGAACCAAAUGUCAGUCUCUUGAGGUAAUUUGCUUCAUUACCUACCAGCAGCUUCUUCAAGGAGUUUCCUGCAGUGGGAGAGACGGCUUUGAGGCCAACUUCUGAAAGGAUUGUGGACAGUUUGGCAAAAGUACAGAGAUUGCUGGACCCUUACUAUAUAUGAAUGUAUUGUGAGCUUCCCAAAAAUGAUUUAUAAAGACGGUACUGUACUGAAACUACACAUGGAUUUUGUGUAUGUAUCUAAAGGUGGGUUUAAUUCUGUAAUGCUGAUAUCUGCCAUAUGGAAUGUAUGUAUGUGCUACUGCUGCAGUCAGAUGGACAUUGGGACUUCUGCAGAAGAAAUGUUUAACAAGUGUAUAAAAGCUUUGACGUUUGCAAACUGUCUUGUGAAUGGACUGUCAACUGUACUGUAAAGUGCUAUUACUGAUUAUGUGGUGAGCUUGUUUCUUGGCCACAUAAUAUUCUUGCUGCUAAAAUUGCAAGUGUUCAACUAUGGAUUAAAAAAAAAGGAGUUAAUAAAAAAAAUAAAAUUUUGUUUUUGAAAAUAUUCAAAAGCAGUUAAUAUUUUAUAUGGAAAUACAUGUUCUUCAUACUAUUAACUAUUAAAUGUGUAUUUACUGUAGGUCUUACAGAGCAGUUGCAGAGCACAAUGUCUGUUAUUCAGUGUGUAUGUAUUUACCCUAUACUGUUGAUUGUCUUAAAACAUGCUUCUGCUACAGACCUGAAUCCAGUG